AUUUCAUCCCAGUUUGCUUUAUCUCUUUUUAGCCACAUCCAAACUUUCCUUCUCUUCCUCUAUUUCUGUAAUUUGUUUUUAGCAGCUAGACAGAGAUGGCGGAGGAAGCUCAGAACGGCGGUGCGAAGAACGGAGCCGCUAAGGCUGUCACCUUCUCCGCUCUCAAGCCGCAGCUGUUCGUGGAAGGUGCCAAGGCAAACGACGCCGUGCAGUUCUACAAGACCGCGUUUGGUGCCGAGGAGGUCAGUCGUGUGAUGAACACGAAGAGGAAGGCCGAGCAGGAAGUUCCUCUCAUUCUCUACGCUGAGCUGAAGCUCGGUUCCACUGUUUUUCUCGUUUCUGACCUAACCGAGGACUCCUCUGCACCGGCCAAGGCUGAUGCUACUGCUGCCGUUUUUGCCUUGGAGACUGAGGACGUGGACACUGCGGUUGCUAAUGCUGUUUCCGCCGGCGCUGUUGCUGAAGGUGAAAUCUCUGAGGGUGAGGCCACUUGCUGCGGUGGUCGCGUUGGCAAGGUGAAGGACCCAUACGGCAACCUUUGGUUCAUCUGCUCCCCCGCUAAGAAGUCCGUAGAGACUGUUGAGGCUUGAAAGCCGUCGGAUCUCAUCUAAUCACUAUUACUGCAUAACUAUUUCAUCUAUUUGGGUCAUGGUAGUUUAACCCGGUAAUGGUUAGUGCUUAUAAUUACAGAGCAGUUAUCUUUGUUUUGUGACUUAAUGACGCCGUCAAUGCUGUUACUCUUGGUAAUUUUGACUAGCAACAAUCGGAUUCACUUUUGCUUAAUCCCUAUUUGAAUCUGAGAUUGUUUUGACAUCUAUGCUUUUUGAAUGUUUGAUUGUUUGUUUUAGUUUGGUCAUUGUAUUUACUCCUAUGUGAUACUCGGUAUGGUGCGAUCAAUGUUGCGUCCUUAAUUUCUGGAAGGUUUGAAUUUUGAACUCUCGAUUAAAUUUCAAAUGUUUUUCAAGGACUGACUUUUUGAAUGCCCGUUUUUACGGCCGUCUAGAUGGGCGUGAUGGUAAAAGUUAUACUCCCUCCGUCCCUAAUAACUUUGCCAAGUUUGACCGGCACGGGGAUUAAUAAAGUAAAAACUGUGUGGUUGAGGUUUGUGUAGAGGAGAGAGAAUUAACUGGAAUCACAAAUUCUUUACUUAAAUGGGAAAGUGGCAAAGUUAAUGGGACAUCCAAAAAAGGAAAGUUGGCAAAGUUAUAAGGGACGGAGGGAGUAAUUGCUUGUACCUCGUGAUUCGUGAAUCGUUUCAAAGAUCUUUUGAUGAUACGUUUCUUGGGGAUGCAAGACCUUAAUUGGGCAGUGUGAAUGCAGUUACUUUAUGUGAUUUAUUUAUUUUUUUAGUACCGAUCGUACUCAUUUAUCUUUAUUUCAUUGCUAAAUUUGAAUGCGGUCCCUUUUAUUUUGUUUUAUAUUUCUUCUACGAGUUUAGCAUAAAGGUAGGGACUAAAGUUUGUUUGGUUUUUGGUUUUGGGGACUGAAGUUACUUUGUUUUGGUUUUAGGGACUGAAGCGUAUUUCUCCA